GGCGGAGUUUGGCCAGCCGCGGUUGGAUUUAGUCAUGGUAGCUGCCGCUCUCUUAGCUGCUGCUGUUGGGCGAUCUCUACAUCGGGGAGCUUCUACGGUAGGAAGACGUGUCUCCUGCGCCAGUCCUGGGGUGACGCUUGGCUGUCGCCGGGAGGCUUCUUCAAAAGAAGGGGAAGUUGGCGGCGAUAGCGGAAGCAAGGUGCCUUCCAAGAAUGUGGAAUCCUUUGCAUCAAUGUUGAGGUCCUGUCCUUUAAUUCAGAUGGGGCCUGCCAAAGACAAAAUUGUCACGGGACAAAUUUUUUACAUAUUAGAAGAUGAUCUGUACAUUGAUUUUGGUGGCAAAUUUCAUUGUGUUUGCAAGCGACCAGCAGAUGGCAAAUGCUCCCCCAAACUGAGCCCAACAUUUCUUUUGCUAAGCAAGGAAAUAUGAAAAUGGAUCCAAAGUCCUCCUGAAACUUAUUGACCUUGAACUCUCCUCCAGGUUCUUGGGAGCAACAAAUGAUACAAACUUAUUGGAAGCAGAUGCUGUACUUUUGGGGCUAAUGGAAGG